UUGCUGCCAAACCAGCUGGCACUUUGAACUGAUAGUCUGACACAUUACAAUAUACUGGAAACUCUGACCUUUAAACCAGGUUUUUAGUCUUUGUUGUCUAUUUUUUUUUAAGUAUAAAGUCCAAAACCACCAUGCGGACCAUGGACUCUCACUGUGGAAGAUCACGCCUUCCACUCUGCAGCCUGUGAUCUAAGCUUUUUUUUUGUUGUUGUUGUUGUGUGGCACCUUUAAUCACUUUACCUUUCUGCAUCAUGCGAAACUGCAGCCAUAGGUGACGCAAAAAGUUUUGAGUUUGUUCAUGAGUGGGUGAAGCUGCUGGUGGAAAGUUUGUUCAGGAGCUGCUCUGCCGGCGUCUCCUCACCUGAUUCCUGCACGCCACACCCAGCCGGUGGUGCAGAGCCUCAUCGCAGGCCCCCCUUGCGGCGGUCAGGAUGGGCUCCUUAGUGGGGACACCGGGAGCUCUGCCUGCCUGGAAAGCCACGAUUUUCCUCUUUAACAUAAUCGCAGCUGCUGUGGCCAAAAGACACGUCGUGUACUGGAACUCAACAAAUACAAGGUUAACAGCAGGAGAUCUGUCCAUCCAGGUGAACCUGAAUGACUACCUGGACAUUUACUGCCCACACUACCCCAACAAGGGGACUCUGGACCCCGGGCAGCCAGAGUCACUGGCCCUCUACCUGGUGGGAGAGGCUACUUUCCAGGGCUGUGUGGAGACUAGAGGGGCUAUCAAGAGGUGGGAGUGUAACACCCCCUACGCUCCCUUCGGACCAGUGCGCUUCUCUGAAAAGAUCCAAAGGUUCACCCCCUUCUCGCUGGGGUUUGAGUUUCUGCCAGGGCGCCACUACUACUACAGCUCCCUACCAACAGAUGAAGGGCCUCCUCUGCCAUGUAUGAAGUUGCGUGUCACAGUGUGCUGCGAGCCCACAUCAGAGGGUUCAAAACAAAUACAAAAAACUGCAACUAGAAGUAGUGUUUGCUCACUGAGGACCGUUUCGCUUCCAGCCCUCCUCAUCCUCAUCCUCCUCCUGCUGACUACCUGACUUCCUCACCCGUCCUCACGGCUGACCUCACAUAUAUGUCCUCCGCCGGAUCAGGAGAUACUACUCAGACAUUCAAGUACACAAUGCAAUCUACGCUCAGACAGUGAAUGACACAAUGCAAUCUAUGCUAAGCUAUCGCAAAUGACACAUAUUACCUUGUGGCUGUUUACCUGUGAAAUUCCAGAAAGAAUCGGGUGUCUCCUCCAGAACAGGGCCACAGUGACUCAGGGACUGACACGCUGAAUCACAGUGAUUCAUUUCUUGUUAUUUUCUUUUUCCCACCUGUUGUGCGAGUAGUAGCACAGACUAUUACACGUAGAGCUAGUCAUAAGACUCAUAUCCCACUCUGAAGCCAAAAGAACAAUGAGUCUGUCAGGAAAAACUUUUUUUUUUCACUUUCUCAUCUCUGUUUCUCAUUUUCUACAUAUUGUGUUGGAUUUAGUUCUUUCUGAGAACUUGCCUCCAGUUUAAAAAGUGGCCAAAUAAACACAUACUACUGUACAGGUUUGAGGUCACUCAGUGAGCUGGUGACUGUCUUCUUUUUCUUUACGUGGGCCCACAUGAAUAGCUGAAACUGCCUUAUUUGAAUCUGAGUAGGAUAAUUGUGUUAAACCUUUGUAACUAAUUAGAUUUUGGAAAUAAAAGGGUUUAAGGAGGAAAUGUGGAAUAUUCUGGAAUAGUCAUGCAGGGCUGCUGCGCCCCCUACUGGGAUUAAACUGGUUUAACUGGAGUUGGACUGGGUUGGCCAUGAACUCAGAAACUGGACACUAGAUUUUGGUGCUGGAUGGUGAUAAUGGGACCUUGGGCAGAGUUUGUCCUCUCUGUUUGAGAAUCAGAGAUUCCGAAUAAAAUACAGAACAGAGUGGGUUUAUGGGUAAACGGUGAGCAUUAACUCCUCUCGCUCCACUGUACACACUGCGGACCACUAAGGAGGUAGUUGGUUGAUGCUCCUCUUGACCAAUCAGAUGUGCACGUAUGCACACAAGCUUUUUGUUGUUUUGUUGUUGUUUUGAACGCAGGACCCUUGAUUUUAGGUUUUACUGUAUAGUUAAUAUAUUCUGCAAAAUGAAAUAUAUUGACUACAUUAUUCAAUGUUUUAGUGAGAUCUGAUCUCUGGUAUUUGAGUGCAAAGGUCUGACAAAAAAUAUCCUUUUGCAUAUACAAACAAUGAUUUACAUUCUGGAUAUUUAUGUAUAUACUGGUAUAUUUUCAUUAUUCUCUGCUGCAAUGUAGUUUCACAAGUUAAAUGAUGGUGGAAUUAAUUUAAUUUAAAAACAAAAUAUUGCCAAAUAUUUUUUUAAAGAAAUCUCUCUAAUUGACUGUCCUCAAUUAAGAAAGAAUAUCAUAAUGAAUUUACAAUUCAUUUAUUUUCCUAAUUUUAAAUUGAAGUUAGAGAUAAUAUAGUUGUGUAUUUUUCAUUGAAUUUAAAUGAAGUUUAUGUAUUUAUGAAAUUACAUAAAUUAUUUCCCCACAAUAUUUGAGUGACUUGAGUUCAGAAAAUCUAUAGGUUAGUUUCUAUCUUUAAAAAAACUACAUUGUUAGCACUAAUAUAUUUUUUUUCUCUCAACCUAUUUGGGUCUCGUGCUGUAAAUCACACCAGUCAUGCAGUUGUUGUUUUUUUUAUGUUAAUUUCCUUAAUGAUGUUUGAAGAUUUGUUAAAUAAUUUCAGUGAUGUAGAAUUUUACAGUCAUGUAAACUAUAAAUUGGUUUUUGAUUUCUUUUUGUGUUUGUGUGUAUCGUGUUCUGCUUUCACAUUUUAGUGAAGAAUGUAGCUUCUUCUGUGAAGAGCCAACUGCAAUCUGAGCCUUUUUUUUUCUACGUGGCAAAACAACAAAAUAAAUAUGAUUGCAUUUAAA